AUGAUGUUUAUCAGCUUUGGGUUAUACGGAUUGCUUCUUUGGGACGUCACAACCAAAGAGGUGAAGACAAUUCCUGAACCUGAUUUGAGCGGAAAGAUGACCAGAAACACCCGUAGUCAUAGUGGUAUGGGGAUCGACCCUGUUUCUGGGGACUACAAGGUUGUCCGAAUCCUCAUGACCUACCCUAUACUUCACUCAAUUGAUUGUAUUCCAGACACCAAAGCCGAGCUCUACUCGUUCAAAACUGGUCACUUGAAGCAAAUCCCAUAUCCUCAUCAAUUCCAAUUCUGCGGUGACCCUGUUUGUUCGGUUCACGUCAACGGCUCUUACUACUGGGCACUAUCAAAAGAGCCCGGUUACAUCCUUUCCUUUGACUUUGCUACCGAGAAGUUCGAUUCUCGUCUUAUACCGAUACCCAAGACUCGUGGGAUUGUGGUCGAUCAUUUUCCUAAUUUUCAUCUCGUUGAGUUUCAGGGCUCCCUCGCACUCGUUUAUAAUAAAUGGGCGGACAAUAACCUUGCUGCUGCUGUAAAAGAAUCUUGUCCUGAUUUCGAGAUUUGGGUAUGGAAUGACGAGUCGUGGUCUCUGGUAUCCGCAUUCAGCAUCCCUGUUCCUAAUCCAUGUUUUAUGGGCUUCUUAGAGAAUGAUAAAUUAUUCAUCAAACACAAUGAUAACAAGCUGCUGCUUUUCGAUCUGGCAACUAGACAGCUGCAUGAUUUGGGUCCCUGGGAUCCCUUGUUGGAGCAGAAGAUUUUCCCUUUGGUCCCAGGCUUCCUUUCUACACCAUAA